UGAGGUGGGGCCGCCAAACGGAAUUAAAGCAUUUGUAGUUACUCUGUCUCUAUCACAGAAGAAGGUAUACAUAAAUCUCCCCGCUUAAUCCCACCUCGAAACGCAGCUCACCAAACGGUUUAACUCUCUCUCGUUUUUUCGUUUUGUUGAUCAGGGAGUUGUAGAGAGAAGCCGAUAUGUUGGGAGUUUUGAGGAGAAAAGUUGUCUGCCAAGGCGCUCAUGCUUGGGGUUUGGAGCAUGGACUUCGAGUGAUUGCAUCUAGAGCCCUUUCUUCUUCAGCAAAGACGAUGACAGUUCGUGAUGCUUUGAACUCAGCACUUGAUGAAGAGAUGUCAGCUGAUCCCAAAGUUUUUGUAAUGGGUGAAGAGGUUGGCGAGUAUCAGGGUGCAUAUAAGAUUACGAAAGGGCUUCUUGACAAGUAUGGCCCAGAGAGGGUGCUGGAUACACCUAUCACCGAGGCUGGGUUUGCCGGAAUUGGAGUUGGUGCAGCAUAUUAUGGUCUAAGACCUGUAAUUGAGUUCAUGACAUUCAACUUCUCAAUGCAGGCCAUUGAUCACAUUAUCAAUUCUGCUGCAAAAUCAAAUUACAUGUCCGCUGGGCAAAUAUCAGUGCCCAUAGUUUUCAGAGGCCCAAAUGGUGCUGCUGCGGGUGUAGGUGCUCAACAUUCUCAGGUAUCAGCUGAAGUCCUCGACUCCAGUUUCUGUCUUCCUAUUGGGAAAGCCAAGAUAGAACGAGAAGGAAAGGAUGUAACUAUCACUGCUUUCUCAAAGAUGGUUGGAUAUGCUCUUCAGGCUGCUGACAUUCUCGCAAAAGAAGGAAUCAGUGCUGAGGUGAUAAAUCUUCGCUCAAUCCGCCCUCUUGAUAGAGCCACAAUAAAUGCUUCAGUUAGGAAAACAAACAGGCUGGUGACUGUUGAGGAAGGAUUCCCUCAACAUGGUGUCGGUGCUGAGAUCUGCGCAUCUGUUCUUGAAGAUAGUUUUGAGUAUCUCGAUGCAGCUGUUGAGAGGAUUUCAGGGGCUGAUGUUCCCAUGCCCUAUGCUGCAAAUCUUGAAAGAAUGGCUGUCCCGCAGGUUGAGGACAUUGUCCGCGCAGCAAAAAGAUCUUGUUACAGAUCAACUGCUCUGGCUGCAGCUGCUUAGAGCUAACAAGGAUGGAAUGAUUCCUUCCUUUACAUAUUCUUCUACCAACAUUACAUUUUUUAGACCCUUGUUCCCUCUAUCUGAAAUAAGUUCAUCUAAUUUACAUUACCACAGAUGAGCUACGUAUGCUUUUUUUUCUGACGAUUUCUUAACACUCAGCCAAAUUGGGAAGUAAAUGAGAAAAUUCAGUCUUCUGGUACA